CGUGUGCUUAAUAUUUCUUAAUAAAUUGUAUAAUGAAUCUACAUGAAAAUAACACAAAGUUUUCAAAAAUCGGAAGCUGAUAAAAAAUCGUCAAGUGACCAAAAAAAGAAUUAAAAUUUAAUGGCUAUUCUGCAGAAUUGCCUACAAAGCCUUAGUCACAUCCAGAUCCAGCUCCAGACGAUACAAAGUGUUUGGUGCCAACAGAGGCCACUGAAUGCCAUGCACCAGGAUGUCCCGCAGAAGAGCAUCGGAUGCGGCAACCAAGUCCAACUGGAAGCGAAGGAGACGAAGAAAAAGGAGGAUGCGCCCGAAGUUGAAGGAGCAACCUCACCUAGCAGACAAAGACGAAGGAGGCGAGGAAGACGCUGUAGCAGUAGUUCUACCAGUGAAUCAUCCAGUGACUCAUCCUCGGAUUCUUCUACUGACUCUGACACCUCGGAAGUCAGUAGCUCCUCCUCCGCCUCCUCGAGCAGAAGUUGUCCAGUACCCGCCCUUAAUAAACCAGAGUCCGCGUCCCUGGACGCGGUCACUCCCCCUACCGCUUCUCAAUCUCCCCACCCGCCUCCAGAACCAACCAGAAGGGAAUCCACCGACUCUUAUAGGAGCAUCACACCCGUGGAGGUGCCGGUGGAUCCGCAUGCCUGGACCGCCGAGGACAUUGCCAGCUGGGUGAAGUGGUCUACGCGAAAGUUUAAGCUUGAUCCAGAGCCGGACAUCACCAGGUUUCCCAAGGAGGGUCGAGAGCUCUGCGAACUGAGUCGGGCCGAUUUCUGGGUCUGUGCAGGAUCCAGGCUAGGCGGCACGCUCCUGGCCAAGCACUUUGCCCUGAGUCUGUAUCAGGCCACAGGACGCGAGACGAGUCCCAUGCUGAAUGACAACGAACCAAAUCCGUAUCAGCUGCUGAACGCUGCCUCGCACCGAUUGGUCGCCCAGGGCUCUGGGGGCCAGAUACAGCUAUGGCAGUUUCUGCUGGAGCUGCUCGCCGAUUCGUCCAACGCCACCUGCAUCAGUUGGGAGGGCCAAUCGGGCGAGUUCCGGCUCACAGACCCGGACGAGGUGGCCAGGCGAUGGGGCGAGAGGAAGGCCAAGCCAAACAUGAACUACGACAAGCUAAGUCGGGCACUCAGGUAUUACUACGACAAAAAUAUAAUGACCAAGGUGCAUGGGAAGCGGUAUGCCUACAAGUUCGACUUCCACGGCCUAAUGGCUGCCUGUCAGGCUCAGGCGCAGGGAGGAGAUCCGGCCAGCAGUAUGUUAGGUUCCUACAAUCACCACGGCGGCGGAGGGAUGCAGCUGGCCCGCCACCCACCGCCGCCGCUACACCACCACCACCAUCAUCAGCACCAGCAGCACCACCAGCACUCGCAUCCGCAUCAUCAACUGGGGCAGCCCCAUUUCCUGCAUCCGCACCAUACGUCGCCGGCCUCGACGAGCUCCAGUCUGGGAUUCUCCUCACCAUCCACGGCCUCCUCACAACCGUCGCCUGGGCUGGCCACCGUCUCCACCUCAACCGCCGCCGCCGCUGCCGUAUCCGGAGCAUCCGGCUCUGGUGCUGCGACAUUUUCUACACCAUUCCAAGCUGGGACAACAGGAGAUACGACCAGGACAUCCUCAACGGGCAACUACGACCAGGGCACUCCCACCACAAAUGCAUUUAAUUGAGCCCAGGGCAACCCCAAUUUGUCGUUGGGGUUGUAAACUCCCGAAUUUCGAUGAAAUGGAGGUGGAGAAGGUCACUGGGAGUGGGGGAUGGAGGAUGCGCAUCGACCACCCACUGCGCAGGGAGAGAGAGAGCAGCGCAGAGUCCACCCAUCCGACAAGGGUCAGACCUUUUGGCCGUAAAAAGGACAUUUCGCAUAAUUCCAGCUACUUUGGGUUAAUUGUGGAAUUGUGAUAACCUGGAGCAUCGCAGAGCAAUAUACUCGAGAACGAGAAAUAAUUUGUUACUUCGCCUGUUAUCCUUCGCUUUUAGUUGUAAGCCUAUGCAUUCGGUAGAGAAUCCUUUAUUUCCAAAAAAAGGUUCAUCUUCAUUAUAUAAUUCUAAGUUCGCACAAAAGAAUAAAAUACAGGUAAUCAUUUAAAAAAACGGAAGUAUAA